AUGGCAUUCAAGUUCAUCGUAUUCCUGGCUUCGCUGACCGUGGCUAGCGCUGGCUACCUGGAAGCGGAUCAUGCUGUGCAGUACGCCGCGCCGGUGGCCCACUACUCGUCCGCGCCGUCCGUGAGUUACAGCUCCCUGACGCACGCCGCUCCGGUCGCCAAGCUGGCUUAUGCUGCUCCGGUCGCCAAGACCGUCGCAUAUGCUGCCCCGCAGGUGUAUGCUGCCCCUCAGGUCUAUGCUGCCCCGGUGGCCAAGACCUACUACUCCGCCCCGGCUGUGGGUGCCACUCACGAGAGCACGGUCCGCUCGCACGAUGCCACCGUCUCGCACUACUCCAAGUCGGUUGACACUCCGUACUCCAGCGUCCACAAGUCGGACACGCGAAUCACCAACGAGCUGCCGAAGCUGGCCUACGCCCAGCCCGUCCUCGCCAAGCAGGUCGCUUAUGCUGCCCCAGCCGUCCAUAGCUAUGCCCAUGCUGCCCCGGCUGUCCACGCUUAUGCUGCCCCGGCCGUGCACACGACCUAUGCUGCCCCGGCUGUCCACAGCUAUGCUCAUGCUGCUCCGGCUGUCCAUGCUUAUGCUGCCCCGGCUGUCCACAGCUAUGCUGCCCCAGCCGUCCACAGCUACGCUGCGCCAGCUGUCCACACCAGCUACGCCCAUGCUGCCCCGGCCUACACCACCUAUGCCCAUGCUGCGCCGGCCGUCCAUAGCUACGCUCAUGCUGCUCCAGUUGUUGCUGCACACGCCACUAAGACGCUGACCUACUCGCCAGCCGUCCAGGUUGCGCACGCCACCUACGAGGACGCCCAUGCCCAUUAUGCCUGGUAA